AAAUCAAAAUCAAAUGCGCCCACCAGCAGCACCAUCAGAACCGGUUUGCUCUUUUGGUUUAUUUUGCGCUUAAGUCGAAUACGCGUAUCAUUCAAGGUUAACUGGAACUCGGUAGGCAUCAGUAGCGUAUCAAGUGCCGUGGUGUUAGCAGUGUCCCGCAUACCUUACGGGAUCAUGGUGCAAGAAUAGUGAAAAAAUUUCGCCCAAUGAUUCGAGAAUGGAUGCAGUAAAGGAACCAUCAUGUGACGAGCGGCCAAAGUAUCUGCAGCAAUUGUUGACCGAUGGUGUGGCAACCCCAGUGGACAUAGAUGCUGAAGCGUACGAGCUGCAGUUGCCAUCGUGGUACGAUGAUGUUAAAUUUAAGAGGGCCCAGAAAUAUUUUAAGGGAAAUUUCUUCGCAAUGUUCGUGGCAAAACUAUGCGGUUUGCUGGUCAUUCUGGCGGUACCGAGUAUUUUGGAUGUUUUAAUCUUUACCAAGCAAUCCUCAACGGCUCUAACGGCGUACCGCCGAUACAUUGCGACCAUAAUGCACGUACUGAAUUGGUACUAUGAGGAUCUUACGCCGGGAUCUGCCUCCUGGAAGUCGAUAGCCUAUGUUCGAAGAACGCACGUAAUGGCUAGUAAACGAAGCAGUUCCAAACUGGCCGGUAGGAUUAUCUCACAGAAAGAUAUGGCGGUAACGCAGUUCGGAUUCGUGGGCUACAUCGUAUUAGGACACAAAAAACUCGGAAUCAAAUACCGUACGGAAGAUAUGGAAGCGAUGGUUCAUUUUUGGCGAGUCAUCGGUUACAUGAUUGGUAUUCAAGACCGCUACAACCUGUGUACCGAUUGUCUUUCGACAAGUGAACAGCGUAUGACGCAAGUGCAGGAGCAAAUUCUACGUCCGGCUUUGCUUGCACGAAAAGAAACAUUCCAACAGAUGGGAAAUGCGCUCAUCGAUGGACUGUGGUGCUUUAAUCCAUUCCUAGAUUACGAUGCGUUCCUGUUUUUCACCUCACGGCUCACAGAAGUUCCUGGCUAUCAUUAUUGGCUCGAAGAGCAUCCCCCCGAGGGUGGUGAAACAAUGUACGAUAAAUUCAGCAGAUACAGUCGGUUUAUCCUGUACUUUCUGAUAUUCAUACAUGAAAGUCUCCUUCGCUUUAUAGUUUUUAGAUGGUAUUUCAAUAGUCAAAUGGUGCUAUCAAGAUUUCUCAUUACGUAUUUCCCGUUUUUGGCUAUCUUCAAAUUCGGCAUUAGAGACGCAUAUGUGAGAGUAUUAAGAUGA